UACAUUAUCUGAAUUUUAUUACAGUAUUGUUUAAUAUUCAUAUACAAAUUAUAUUGUCGUUUUACUUUGAAAUAUAAUGGUUGAAAUUGAAAUCGAUUUCGAGCAUAAAUGUAUUCCAAAACAUGAAUAUAGAAAUUGUACAAUAUCAGUUGUGGAUGGUUGUAAUUUGUCAUACGAUUAUUUUUUUGAGAAUUUUAUUAUGAAUAAUUUACCGUGCGUUAUUAAAAAUGUAAGCUUAGAUUGGAAUUGUUCCAAGAAUUGGAUAAAAAAUGGAGGUAUUAAUUAUGAGCAUUUUACUACAGAAUAUGGAGACUUAGAAGCUCCUGUGGCAGACUGCUGUAAAGUUAAUUAUAACGCACACUGCAAGCAAUACAUGAAAGUUCAAGACUUCAUGUCUUAUUUGGAAAAUAGUCAGAGAGAUAAGCUCUUGUAUCUUAAAGAUUGGCAUUUAAGAAGAAUAAAACCAGAUGAUAUGUUUUAUGAAGUACCUAAAAUCUUUGCAUCUGACUGGCUUAAUGAAUAUUCACAAGAUAAUAAGGACGAUGAUUUUAUGUUUGUAUACAUUGGACCAGAAGGAUCUUGGACUCCUCUGCAUUGCGAUGUUUAUUCAUCAUACAGCUGGUCAGUAAAUGUAGUAGGCAGAAAGAAAUGGACUUUGUUUCCUCCAGGUGAAGAAAACAAACUUAAGGAUAACUUUGGCAACUUACCACUAUUAUUUAAUCCAAAAACAUAUCCGGAUGUAAAGUAUUUUGAUGUGAUUCAAGAAAAAGGUGAUGCAAUUUUUGUACCUACAGGUUGGCAUCAUCAAGUUGAAAAUACUCUGGAUACAAUAUCAAUUAAUCAUAACUUUAUUAAUGCCAGUAAUAUAGAACUAGUUUGGGAAGAACUUAAAAGUAAUUUGUUCUCUGUAGAAAAAGAAAUUGAAGAAUUCAGAAAUACCCCUGAAUUUAUUACUCAAUGUCAACUGAUACUAAAAUCUGUAUUUGGUAUGGAUUAUAUAGAAUUUAUCAAUUUAAUCAUACACAUAGGUGAUAAAAGAAUCAAGCAAUAUCAUGGUGCAAAACUAUAUAGUUUUAAUAAUUUUACUAUUGGAAUAAAUCAUUUGAAGUUUGAUUUACAUAUUUUAAUAAAAUUAUUAUAUAAAAUACAACAACAUCCCUUAUAUCAAAAUGACUUCCUUAUACCAAGUUUGAAAAACAAUGUAGAAGAUAUUAUUAAAACAAUUAAAGUAUUACUGAAUUAAGUAUUAAAAUUAUU